CCGGCUAGCUUGAUGCUAAGAACACUUCCGCUUUAACAAGUUCUCUGGGACCGACGCCAUCACGGUGAAAGGAAACUCAGUGGAUGUUUUAUCCUCUGAGAUCAUCAGAAUAAGAAGAGAAACACUCUGAACACCUGGAGGAAUAUUUAACGUUAUAUUUAAUACGUUAUACUCCCAGCUUGGAUAACGGGCUGUGUAACCCACGAAGAAGAAGAAGGAGCAGCAGAAGAAGAAGCUAGCUGUUAGCUUGUGGCGCUGUUAGCUGGUUUCCACAGCCUGUUUAUGUUCGGCUCUUCUGGGAGACAUGUUGGACGGAUACUCGGCACACAUCGAUGAAGCCAACAUCGGCAACGUGGAAAACAACAACCCCAUCCAGCUGAUCUCCGGGGGCAGCGAUGGGCUGAACAAACCGAGGCUGCUGAAGAAAGGAGGAAGGAAGCUGCAGCAGAAACCUCCGAGGAGGAGCAGCCCAAACCUCCACCUGUCAGACCAAAACAACAACAACACCACCACCACCACCACCACCACCGGGGCUGUCUCCCCCUGUAAGCAAGCAGCUCAGCCCGGGACCGAGCUCCCUGCAGGGGCACAGACGGUUCUGACCGUCCAUCACCUCAAACAGGGAACCAAGAAGGAACUGCUGAAAUCCAAAGGGGGCAGAUCUGAGCGGGGGACCAUGCAGCCAGGCGGCCAACCUCCCCGCGUCCCGUCCAAACGCGACCAAAUCACCGUGAACGUGAUCACACGCAGCCACAAGCCCAAGCAGGCCCAGAGCCCCGGCGCCCCUCACCCCUCGAGAAAGAAGGACCCCGGCACUCCAAGCAAACCCUCGGCCCUCCGAGAGCAGAAACAACCCCUCCACGCCUCCAACAGCUUGAGCAUCCUGAGCACACCGCCCGACGCUGCGUUCGAAUACCUUAAAGACGGCGAGAAAGUCUACGCCGGAGCCAAGUUCAGCGAGCCGCCGUCGCCGAGCGUCUUACCCAAACCGCCGAGCCACUGGGUCGGGGAAAACGAGCCUCAGCAGAGCAACCAAAGCCGAGAGCAGAUGAGUGUUCACCUGAAGUCGCUGCUGAAGGUUCAGGACCAAUCAUGACCGACGUCUGACAUCAUCGGAUUAUCGGACAUCAAAACAGGAAGUGCAAACAAUUGGAAGAUUUGCAUUUCAGUGAAUUGAGAUUGGAUUUUAACACACUGCAAGAUAUCACGGGAGUUUUUUUUUUUUUAACAGUUGUACAAUUUCCCAUAAUUCAACAUGCUGCCUGCAUUUUAAAGCCUUUUUGGAGACGUCCUGGAGAAGCGACCGCAUGCUGACAAACAGUGUUUUCUUCUUAAAGGAGGUGAAGAGAAAGGAAGUCGCGGUCGCCUCCAGGAGCAACACGACCGUCGGGAGUCUCACGUUUACAGUUGGCGAAGAGACGAGGACUCUUUCUUUGUGAACGCUCUUGAGUCGGCAGCCUCGCGUUGAGGGACUUUUUAAAAGGAAAGCCAGUUUAAAUGUACAUAAUAUAUCGUAAACAUAUAUUUGUGUAUAUUUUUCCUCGUUGUUUUAACUGAGAUUCUAGUUUUGUUACUGAUGUUUUUCCAAGAAAAAAGAAAAAGAAAAGACAAAAAGUCCCCUGCUAAACUGAGGCACUUUGUUCACACUCCUCCAGCGGAUGGAAGAAGAACAGAAGGACUUCUCUCUGGAUUUUGCACUGAAGACUUCAAACACAGGGACAGGUGGGAAAACCUCAUGAACCCUUUUGACGUUCCAGAGCUUCACCAGCCUUUUUUUUGUUGUCGUUGUUGUUGUUGUUGAUGAUGAAUUCACCAGCCAGCUUUGCACAAAGAGGACAGAGAGGACUUCCAGAUUCUGGCUGGUGGAGUUUCACAAAUGGCUCCGAGUGGACCAAUCAAAAAGCUCAGCAUUUCUUCUCCCGUCUCUGAUGACGGGUCCAGACGGUGAGAUUUUGGAGAGGUAAAUCAGGGACUGUGAGGCGCGCAUGAAGCCCCGGUGGACGAUGUGAAAAAAGUCUCACCAAGCAGCUGCUGCAGGGAGCCAAGCGCAGUAUCCUGACCCCCGGCUUUCUCUCCUUAUACCUUUUAUUGCACUGACUCAGAUUACGUUCACAUUAAGCCAGAUACUUUUACUCUUUCUUUUUUGCAGCUUUUCAUACUUAAAAACGACGCUUUGCAACAUUAGAGUUGUCAGAAAUGGACGUUGCGUGAGUCCUUGCCAGUUAGUUGCACGCUGAGCUCAGAUCGUACAGGUAGCUGACAGAGUGGCGGUAACAGAUGAUGCUACACGUCUGCAUAGAAGCUGCACAUUGCUGAGUGCAGUUUGAACCCCUUUACCCCUCGACAGACUGUGAUACCUCUUUUAAAGAACUUCGUGCUCGUUAACAACGCUCUUUGUUUCACCGUUCUGCUGCAGUUAAAUCACUGAACACUUGCCGGUGCAAUCCCAUUAAUGUUGCGAGUAAUUAAAGGCAUUAUUGCAAGAUUACCUCAUUAUCGUACUUACCCAGUAUGACCCAAAAGAAGUAUUUUGGAGGGUGUUAGAGAACAUUAGAGACUCAGCUUUCAACCAACACGGCUCACUCGGUAGACUUAGUUUGAAAGUCUUACCAUUGAAAAGGUUUCUUUAAGACCUUAAUAGAAUGUAAAAAUAAAAGCAGGUGGUGUCCAUGUUUGGGACCACAUGGCAGGUGAUGGAUACAACAUUUAGCCGUUUUUAAAUGAUGUCAUGAGCAGAGUUCAAACGACACCUCCAAGCCAAAAGCAAGUUGUUCUGAUUUACGCCAAAUUGGUUUUGGGGGUUUUAGACUCUCUGUUGAACCGUGGACAUUUAUACGUCUUUUCAAUUCUGUUAAUUAAAUUCUGCAUUAUGUUUUAAAUUUUAACAUUUCUCUGAUUCAAAAUACGGCGUUCUAAAAUUGCAUACGAGUCAUUUCCACUGUAUGUUAAUUUGGAUGUUCCUGAUUUUGCUGUAAUACCCUUCAAAUGUGCUCAUGCUCUUAUUUCAGGACUGUUCCUUUAACUGUUUGUUGUUUUAACGCAGUUUGUGACGCUUCACUUGUGCAACUCCAAAAAUGUGUUACUUAAAGCUCCUGGGACAAAGUUUCCGCUUGUUUCGAACCUCAAAGAAAUACAAAUGGACGCCUUUUUUAUGAUCUACAAAAACAAGACCAUCAGACUAAAGAUCGACUAUUUCUGUGAAGUUAUUAGCGAUGUCAGAAACAGCUGAUCAGUCAAAACUGAUUAGCUGCUAGCUAACGAAACCACACCCUUUUUUUAAAAAACAUUUUCCACAGCAAAGAUUUCCGUUGAGUGACUUGUAUGAGUCGUGAAAUAAAGCAGGAAUACGCUUUUUGUUGGGAAACAACCUUUAAACUGUAAACAAGACAAAACCAGCAAAGAGAGUAGAGAGAGGUUGCAUUGUUGUCCACCAGGGGGCGCCCACACAAAUCAAAAGGUCCUCACAGGAGCUUUAAGAAGGCGAAAAUGUGAUAUAUCCUAGACUCAUUAAGUAUUUAUGGCCUACAGUAAAAAAAAUAAAAAUAUUAUAAUUUUUAAAAUUGAAUUAUUGUAAUAGUUUGGAGUUUUUAGGAUUAAAAAAAAUCACGUUAUUCUAAUUUUUUUGAAGAUGCACAAGAAGCGGUCUCUCUCUGCGUAAAGAAACCAGCUCUAAGGUUUUCCAGGCGUUGUUUAUUGUUGUUUAUUUGGCUGUAUAUAAUUUGCCUUGUAAACAGGUUAGUGUUAAUAUCUAUAAUGUUAAAAAUUUAGCCAGACUAAGUAGAAUAACUGGAUUUACAGAAGCACAAGGAUUCUCCAGUUCACACCGGCACUGAAGAUGGUGUUUCCUUUGGUCCUUUGGGGCGGUUUGUUUUGGUUCCUCCUCCAAUCACAAACAUUUAAAUGAGGUGUGGAGGAAUCUGGGAUGCUGGGAGGUCCAGCUUUUUGGAUUUGAUGGAUGAAAUCUAUUCGACUUUAGAUUUCGCACGAACCGGACGACUCUCAGAGGCAUUACUCGCACUGGCAUUUCAUAUAACGACGUAAAGAGCUAAUGAAUCAGUAAUGAUGAUAUUUCAGGUGUUUUUAACUUUGGAUGCAGAUCUUCAAAACCUGUACGGCUUCCUGUGAACGUAGUCUCACUGUGUCUGAUUUUCUCUCAUGAAGGGGACUCGUUUUCACUUCAUUUUUUACACGCCUUUCUUCACCCCUUCGUUUUGAAGCACAGCGCACGGUAUGUGUUGAGUUUGGCGCUCCUGAUGUCGUGACUACAGAAUGUAUCACGUAUGUGUUUCUGUUUUUUAUUUGUAUGCAGCUGCUGGAUCUCGUUUCUUGACUUCUGUGACGUCACGUCGAUGGAAAAUUGUAUUGCUGUAGCGAAAGCUGCCCGUGUCAUUGCAGUGUUUUAAAAUUGUUUCACUCAAGUUCUAAAAAUAUGAUUAAUAAUAACUCAUUUCCCUUCAACGAUUUGGAAAAAAAAUUAUAUAUUUUAUGAAGUGUUUCAUAUCUAAAUUAAAAUUGAUAUUAAAAUAUUGGCUACCCCUCUAAAA